AUGGAUCCAUACGACAGUGACUCGUCCUUGGAGGAUGCGGGGGACUACACAGAGACUGGAGUAUUACUGGGUUAUGCCAGUACAGAACAGACUGAUGAUUCGAUCAGUCAUCUCGGUGGUUGGCCUACAUGGCUCGAUGAAAAUACCCCUCCUCCUGGUGAUUUGGCCAAAUGCAAAGUUUGCAACAACCCAAUGCUCCUGCUACUCCAGCUGAAUGGCGACCUACCAGAACGAUUCCCCAACGAUGAACGAUGGUUAUAUAUAUUUGGAUGUCCACGGAAAGCUUGCAGUCGCAAACCGGGCAGUAUUAGAGCUCUGCGAGGGCUUCGAAAAGUGAAGGGCGAACCCGAGAUACCAAAGAAAGAAGAAAGCGCACCCAAAGACACGCCGCCUGCACCGAAAAAAGAUAUUGGCGCUGCAAUUUUUGGCGCGCCAUCACAAGGAGGUUUAUCAUCCAACGUGAAUCCAUUUUCCACACCUUCGUCACCUGCGGCGCAAAACAACCCAUUCGCACCACUGCCGCCUGUAUUUACGUUAGCAGCAAAGCCACCUCAAAACCCAGCAAACAAUCUGUCAGAAACAUUUGCCGCAAAAGCGCGGAUAUCAACACCUGAAACAUCCUCGGAACCGGUCACUGCAGGACCUGUUGUACCAUGGCCCGACAAAUCGGCUUUCCCACCUCCAUACAAAGAGUACUAUCUCGACGCUGAUUAUGAAACUCUCUCCCGUCCAUCAACUCCUACGAUACCAGCAAAUACCACCGUGGAAAAUGUCGAAGAAGACGCAGGAGGCGCUGUUGAUACCAAAGACGCUUUCGAGUCAUCGAUGGAUAAAGAUUUCCUCCGCUUUUCGACAAGGUUGGAACAUAAUCCAGAACAAGCCUUGCGAUAUGAAUUCGGCGGUACUCCGCUACUAUACAGCGGCAGAGAUGCCGUCGCAAAGGCUUUCCCUUCACAUCAAGCACAAGGACGGGGAGUACAAGUAUCUUCGAGCGCUAGUACGAAUAACCGUAUCCCGCGCUGCCCUUCAUGUGGUAGAGAGCGUGUGUUUGAAUUACAGCUUGUCCCACAUACCAUCACAGUCCUGGAAGAUGGACGGGAUGGCAUUGGUCUUGGUAAGGAUGAUGCUGGAAUGGAAUGGGGAACAAUUAUUUUAGGUGUUUGCGCUGGUAAUUGCGGAACCACCAAGGAGGGAGACCUGGGUUGGAAGGAAGAAUGGAUUGGUGUGCAAUGGGAAGAAACAAAGUAA